CUCUGAAUAGUUAUGUAGUUGGUUCCGUUUUCGAAUGGUAAGGGUCUCAGAUGAGAAUGAGCUCAGAGAGAGGAGGUGUAUAUAAACCUUAGUUCUCCUGAUGUUCGCCCACUUUGUAUCAAGUAAAGACAACAAAUCAACAUCCGGAAGAACUUUUACUGCACUACUUCGUUUUACGCCUUUCUUUUCUGGCUAUUUGUGUGCUCCAAUAAAUCAUCUCCGCCGAAAUACUCAUCCACAACCAUGUCGAGGUUCGCAGAAUCCACCGGAACAACCUCAUACUACGGCCUCCCGCACAUCAAAGCCGACAUCUACAAGCUCGCAGGCAACCCCACCGAAUCCGCCAUCCGGACAAUCUGGCUGGCCAUUCUAGCCUACACAUUCCGUGUUACGUCGGAUUUCUCGCACUCGUACGAGAGCGAUGUCUCGGGCGGAGUCGUCGUGGUGAAGCACAGGCAGCAGAAAGUGCUCGUUGUCAAGUGCAAGGCUGCUCAGUGUGGUACAAAGGCAGACGUGUGGACGGCAGCGGCGGAGCAAUUGCAGGAGAGAAUGAAGGAGAAUAGGGUCUAUGGUGCCGUUGCUAUUGGAGGGAAAGUUAGGUUUUACGAGUAUGAUGGUCGCGAGCAGAGGGUUGUGGGGUUGAAGGGGCAUGAGAAGGAGUUUGAUCUCGCGGGUGAUUGUGAGGGUGUUCAGAAGGUGUUGGAUUCGAUGAGGGAUGGGGGUAGGUGAGAUGUGUGUAGGUGGGGAAGACGGUUGUUGUGAAGGUGUUGUUGGUGGGUGACCAUGUAGGAUACAUUUCCCACAGAUGUUGGUAGUACCGUGGAAGUGAGGUCUAGGUAUUAUAUUUUGCUAAGGAGGAAUCUGCUCUAUAACUCGUACUUUUAACCGCGCUGUGAUUCUCAGUUAGUUCAGUGUUUCUGUUUGUUUCGCUAUUAGUCUUCGGUCAGAUACAGUAUAAGUAGACUAUUUAGCACAACUGUAAACAUUGCUAGAUACU